AUGGUCGAUUAUCUUGAAGGAAAACAAAAGGAAACACAAACACAUCAAUUACAAAGUGCAAUGAGUCUUAUUAUCGAUCGACUUCAAUUAAUAUCUACAUGGAUGAUUUUUCAAAAAGAUGAUCUCAACGAUCAAGAAUCAAUUUUACGAUUUCUCUUGAAGUUUAUUAGCUCAAAUAUUCAUAUCAAUGAUUCGAUAAUCAAACAACUUUUCAAUCUUCUUAUAUUUUUAACGGAACAAACGAUUCUCGUGCCAAGUUUUAUUAAUGCUGGUUUUGUUACCUACAUUUUACAAUGGUUAGAAAUGGAGCAAUUAGCUUACGAAAUUCAAGGGUCAUGUAUACAUAUUUUUUAUAAUUUAGCCCAAAAAAGUGAAGGAGCCAAAGCUUUGAAUCAAGCAGAUGGUCUUCGAAUACUAAAAGAUUGUACAUAUCGUCUACUCGAUCCGAAUGUGAUCAAUGGACAAUAUGGUUUCGAAAAUAUGCAAUUACUCUAUUGUAUGGCCAUGUCUUUAUUGAUUGAACCGAAACAGAAUCGUGAAUAUGUCAAAAAUCAUCGUCGAGUUCUUGACUAUCUUCUGCAAUCGACAAUAAAUGCUAGUACCAUGAAUGAUUUUUGCUAUGCUAAAUUCCAUAUUUCACGACCGAUUGUUGUUCUUACAAAAUUAUUUGUACAAGAUGAAAUAAUAAAAUAUGUACUUGAUGAAGCACCAGUGAAAAAUUUUCCUUUAUCAUCGAAAGUAGAAUUUUUUGCUAAUUUACUCAUUCGUUUUCGUGGAGCUCUAACAAUCGAUGAGGAUGAAGCUAAGGCAUUGACAUUGACUGCACUGUUCAAUAUUCUAUGGAGCAUUUCGUUUCAUGAAGAAUAUCUUUCUGAACUUCAAACUAAUCGACAAUUUUUACUUACUGUGAAAACAUUUGCUUAUGAUACAAGUGAAAAUGGAAGCGAACGAUAUGUUUUUGCCAAUAUGUCUCCGAUUUUCAAAGCGGCCAAUGGUAUUUUGUUGAAUCUUGGUGAAAAUAUCAGUACACGUGUUCCACAAUCAUCGAACACCAUAGUUCAGCCACCGGUAACACCUAUAGCCAAUCCGAGCAAUCGAAUUAGUGUGAUGAUCAGCUAUUCGCAUGUAAAUGCAGACUUCUGUCGUGAUCUUGUCAAUGCACUUCAAAAGGUUGAUUUUAUCUAUUGUCGCAGUGGUGAUUUGUGGGAAGAGAUAAGUGAAGCGAUUGAAAAUGCUCAUGUUAUUCUAUUUAUAAUUACAAAAGAAUAUCAAUGUAGUAAAUCGUGCCGUCAAGAAGUGAUGUAUGCAAGAGAUACACUAAAGAAACGAUUUAUUCCUAUCUAUUUAAAAAAUGAUUUUGUCGCCAGUAGUUGGUUAGGCAUACGUAUUGUUGGUGCGCAAUAUAUUCGCUUUGGAAAACGAUCUUUCGGUGAUACGAUUACAGAAAUUCUGAAUCUAAUGGCUGAUGAUCCAUCACAAAAACAUAAACAAAAUAUAUUCAAACAAACAAAGAUACCCACGACUCCUAUCGCGGAUCCAGUCGAUAUUCAAGAUAAAAUUCUUAAUAAAAAUCGACACACGAGUCAAGAUCAACCAGUUGAAUUGAUUAUGAAUACUGUUACGGGUCAAACCACGCCGAUUGAACAGUGGACAUCCGAAGAUAUUGAUCAAUGGUUUCAGCAGAAUAAUAUCGAAUCGAAAUUAAAAGACCUCUAUCGAUUUCAACAUGGUACCGAUCUUCUUUUAUAUGGACAAUGUUUAAGACCCGAUUGGCAGCAGGAAUAUGCAGAUAUGCGAGAACGAUAUAAUCUUGAAUAUAAUGCAAUACUAUAUCGGGAUCAAUUUGUACUCCUUGUCGGUGCCCUGAAUCGUCUUCAAUACACACAGCAGUAA